AUGUCUCCUUCAAUCCUUCUUUUCCUUACUCUAUUCGCAAUCGCAGACUCGCAGUCCUUCAUCGGAGUUAACUACGGUCAGAUCGCCAACAAUCUUCCCGCACCGGAUGUCUCCGCCAGGCUUAUCCAAUCCACCACCAUCGGGAAAGUUCGCAUUUACGGCGCCGAUCCUGCUAUCAUAAAAUCUUUUGCUAACUCCGGCAUUGGAAUCGUCAUCGGAACCUCAAACAGCGAUAUUCCAAGUCUAGCUUCGGAUCAAAACGCGGCGAAACAGUGGGUAAACACAAACGUGUUGCCUUAUUACCCUGCCAGUAACAUCAUUCUGAUCACCGUCGGUAACGAGGUUUUAACCUCCGGUGAUCAAGGACUUGUGUCACAGCUUGUACCGGCAAUUCGAAAUGUCCAAACUGCCAUCAGCUCGGUGUCUCUUGGUGGUAAGGUGAAGGUGUCCACCGUACAUUCCAUGGCGGUGUUGUCUCGGUCGGAUCCACCGUCGUCCGGGUCGUUCAACCCGGUUUUACAAAACACACUGAAUCAGUUACUAGCGUUUCUGAAGGAUAACAAAUCGCCGUUUGCGGUUAAUCCGUAUCCGUUUUUCGCCUACCAGAGUGACCCGAGACCCGAAACACUUGCGUUCUGUUUGUUUCUACCUAAUUCGGGUCGGGUUGAUUCGGGUAACGGAAAGCUUUAUACCAACAUGUUUGAUGCUCAGGUUGAUGCUGUGCAUUCUGCUCUGAGUGCAAUGAAGUAUGAUGACAUUGAGAUUGUGGUUGCUGAAACAGGAUGGCCUUCUAAUGGGGACAGCCAUGAAGUAGGACCAAGUGUUGAAAAUGCCAAGGCCUAUAAUGGGAACCUUAUUAAUCAUCUUAGAUCAUUAGUUGGUACACCUUUGAUACCUGGAAAAUCUGUGGACACUUACAUUUUUGCACUCUAUGAUGAAAACCUCAAAUCUGGCCCGGGUUCCGAACGCGCAUUCGGCCUUUUUAAAACCGAUCUUACCAUGUCGUAUGAUGUUGGCUUGGCCAAAUCUAACCAACAGAAUCCGCCGCCAACUAGUCCGGUUACUCCAGCACCUAGGACUUCAUGGUGUAUUCCAAAAGCAGGAGUUUCUGAUGCUCAAUUGCAGGCCAAUAUUGAUUAUGCAUGCAGCCAAGGAUUAGAUUGUAGACCAAUACAACCAGGAGGAGUAUGUUUUGAACCAAACACAUUACAAUCCCAUGCUGCUUUUGUAAUGAAUCUCUACUACCAAACAUUUGGUAGAAAUCAAUGGAACUGUGAUUUCUCUCAAACAGCAACACUCACAUCCCAAAAUCCAAGUUACAAUGGUUGCAAUUAUGUUGGUGGGGAGUAA